UGUCACAGUUUCUUGACACAAGGACUUCUGAGAAGCGAGCAGCAACAGCGGCAGGCAGAGCGCAGCUGGGGCUGCAGGAUCCGCCUCCUGACGGCAGCAUCCACAGGGGCUCCGCGGGAACCGACUCCAGGCAGGGGCACCGGCAGGGCCCGCACCGCGCAAAUUCCCGGGGCGCCGAGGGCACUGCAGCCACAGCACCCUUCGGCUUUACUGUGACAGCGCUGCGGGAAGGCGGCGGGAGCAGCAAAGCCUCCCCGCUCCCCCCACCACUGCCGCCGCCAUUUUGUUCCCUCUCCCUCCCCUCCCCACACGCGUCCCACCGGAAGUGGCGCGCGCCCCGCCCCAUCAUGCACCGCGAGCGCGGCCACGCGCGCCGCCCGCACCAAGCCGCCGUCCGGGCUCCCAGCUGAAGGAGAGAGCGUUCGGCACGGGACCGGGGAGCGCCGGGAGGCGGCGGAGGCCCGGAAGGCAGAAUCACGUCUGGGCUGAUGCAGAAAGCAGCUGCCGCAGCUUCGGCACGGCGCGGCUCCCGGCAGGAUGCGGAGCUGGGACUGGCAGUCCCGCAGCCUUCCAGGUUUUAUGAGGCAGCAGCGCUUCUGUGUUUGUGCUCCUGGAAACAAGGAGGGAAAAAGGAAAGAAACUCCACCUUUCAUGGCCCUGGGGAGCAGGACAAGCGCCAGGGCAGCUAAAGGCCGCUGGGCCGGGGUGCGAUGGCAGCCUCCUCCUCAUCCUCCUCGGCCGGUGGAGUCAGCGGCAGCUCCGUGACAGGGUCGGGGUUCAGCGUUUCGGACCUGGCGCCGCCCCGGAAAGCCCUCUUCACUUAUCCCAAAGGAGCCGGCGAGAUGCUGGAAGAUGGCUCUGAGAGGUUCCUCUGCGAGUCUGUGUUCAGCUUUCAGGUUGCAUCAACAUUAAAGCAAGUGAAGCACGAUCAACAAGUCGCAAGGAUGGAAAAACUUGCUGGUCUGGUGGAAGAGCUGGAGGCAGAUGAGUGGAGGUACAAGCCAAUAGAGCAGCUCCUGGGAUUCACUCCUUCCUCAGGCUGAGCGUGUCUGGAUUGCUGCUGUCAGGGAGCAGAAGAAAAACGUUCCCUGGCCCGGCUUCAAAACACCCCCCCAUUUAUCAAAUGCUGACAGCUGCAUCGGCAGGAUGGGGCUUUGGGUUUUUUUGAGAGUGGGGAUCCCCCGUAAAGCUGCCAAUAAAUGGAAAUGAUGAGAUUCUGUAGGUCCUUACAGGCUGGCAGGGCUUGGUUUCUGUAACUUCGAAGGCAGGAUCAGCUGUACAGCCCCUGGAUCAUCUCUGUGUUGUUUACAGAGGGGGGCACACGGACAGUGUGGCUGUGGGGAGGGCGACCUCGUCACUCGGCCCGGGUUCCCGCUGGAGCGCAGCCGGAGCACUGGGUGAGCGGGGAAACCCUCUGGAGCAAAUGCCAGAAGCACUCCUCAGCCCCUGCCGUGGUUCUGGGGGAUGGACACAAACUGUCCCAGGGUUGGGUGAGGGGCCAAGCGGCGUCACCUCCUCCAGCAGUGCCUCGGCCAUUGCCCAGGCUGUUCCCUCUUCAUCACUGUUUCUGUGGUAGCACUGGCAGGAUACUGCUCUGUCUUUUAUUACCCUGAAACUUUGUCCUCUUUGUUCUGUAUUAGAUUUCUCUGUGACAAUAAAAUAACUCUGUCUUUGAAA